ACGAGCACGCCGGUCACGCGCUCCGGCAUCACGCCGUUACCCCGGUCACGCCUCCGCCAAUAGUGACGCGCGCCAUUGUUCUCGAGCUCAGGUCGUGUUCUCCUCAUUGUCGCUUUCUACGUCCACCAGACGCAUUUGCCCACCAUGGCGGACGCCGAACGCGCAUUCCUGACGAAUAUGCUCACGACGAUCGGCGCCCAGCCGGUCAACUACCCCGACGACUACCGCCAGCCGCCAGAAAACACGCUGCGCAAGGUCCCCGUGCUCCCACUCCCUGUCCCGCCCCCGCCCGCACACGCCGCCGCGUCCUCAUCCGUGGCGAGUAAUGUUUCCUUGACGUUCAAGAGCCUCAAGCCCGCGGCGACAUUCUCCUUGACGGUCUCGCCCGCCGACGCGAUCGCGGACGUGAAGGCCAGCUUGGCGAAACUGCCCGGCGCGCCGCCCGCGGACGCACAACGGCUCCUGCUGCGCGGCAAGGCGCUCGCGGACGCGAAGCUCUUGAAGGAGUACGACGUGAAGGACGGCGACACCCUCACGCUCGCCGUGCGCCCGGGCGUGCAGUGGGAUCCCAACGCGUCCUCAGCGCCGAGCGACGAGAUCCCGAAGGUCACCGUGCAGCAGCCGAAGCCCGUGAAGCCGGCGACGGACACGCUGGCCCUGGGCCCGGGCGAUACGAAGCGCAAGGGCCACGGCCGGACGCCAAGUAUUGUCUUGUCGCCCUCACCGACGAAUGAGGAUGCGGCGCCGCAGGAGAUCGAGCUGGACCUCGCGCUAGACACGUCGGAAAACACGUUCAAGGAGCCGCCGUCGGCAUUCCAGACGACGCUGUCGCAGCCUGAGUUCUGGGAUCGGUUAUAUUCGUUCCUCCGCACCGAAUUCACCGCGGACGCGGACUCGCUACGUGCCUUCGAGGACUUCCUCACCGCGUCGAAGGCGCACCUCUCCGCGAGCGAGAUCGCGCGCAUUCGCGAUCACGUUGGCGUCGUUGGGAUGGCUGGGACGUAGGAUGAGGGGCUUCUAUGCACACCGAAACGGGAGAGAACAUGAGGGACGAAGGCGAGGAGACGAGUCCACGCGCGUGAUGGGGCGAGGGAUUUGUGCGCGCGGACGAUUGGGAAAAAGAGCCGGGGGGAGAAUGGGAAGCGCACGUCCCGCGGCGGGUCUUGUGAAUGUCCGCUAGAGGGUUUGGGAUGGGGGAAGGUGCACUUAAUGGUCGGUAAGCCCGACAUGGACUAUAGUCGUUUGGCGACGAGAUAACGAGGAAAUUCAAGCAGAGAUAUCUGUAUGUACACAUCGCAAUUGGGA